UUGCCCAAUUUUGCGACUGUGCGAGCUCCCAAUCCGUUCCGUUGUGUUUCGCCGCGGUGGCACAAUACGCAAAUCACUCGCACAUUCUCAGUUCUCGGCUCAUAACACCCGGGCUGCAUCCUUCAAAUUCCCUCAAUACCCCGGUCUCUUCCCACCUCCCACCAGACCAGAAGCUUGUAGGGUGCGACCUCAUCGCCGACAAUGCGCCUCGGAUCGGCCGGCCUCACGGCCCUGCUCUGGAGCGCCAUCGCUACCCUCACAACAGCCACCCCCAUCGCCAACAAUGAUAGCAGGCCCAUGCCUGUCCUCCGCCCGCGGCAGGGGGGCACCGGCGUCACACCAACCCCGACCCCGACCCCGACCCCGACUCCGACAGGAGAAUCGACGACGCCGGCGACAGCGAGCACGGCAUCCGAGCAGGAGGCCACCACCACCGUCACGAUAACCACGACGGUUGGCGACGGGGGCGGCGGCCGCACGACGACCGCGACCACCGUCGUCCUUCGCACCAUCACCACCACCAUCCUCGUCACGUCGACGAGCUUCCAGACCACGACCGUGACCAGCAGCGACGUCGCGACCGCCACGGUCACCAACUACGUCACCUCGACCGUCCUUGCCAAGCGAAGCCUCGAGGUCCUCCCCCUCGACGCCCCCGUCCCGCCGGCCCAGAUCACACCAGCCGCGGACGACUACCGCAGGCGCGCCCUCGUCGAGAAGCGUGCCCUCGUCACCGUAGUCGUCACCGUCGCCGGCACGGCCGCGGGAGUCUCUACCGUCCUCGACACCCGUACCAGCACCGUCGUCUUCACCACCACCUCCAACACCGUCUUCACCUCCGUCCUCACCUCGACCCAGUUCAACAACGCUCAGACGACCAUCACCGUCCAGUCUACCCUGACGGUCACCUCCACCUCCAUCGACACCGCUGCGCCCACCACCGUCGACACCGGCCCCACUAGUGGCAUCAUCAGCACACCCACGGGGUCCAGCGGCGCGCAGAACACGAGCGGCGGCGGCGGUUCCGGCGGCCUGUCCACCGGCGCACAGGCAGGUAUCGGCGUGGGCGUCGGCAUCGUCGGUCUCGCUGCCCUCCUCGCCAUCGGGUGGUGGGCCUACAAGCGCCGCAAGGCGAACCGCCCCAGUCGUUCCGACCUCGACGACAUGCGCGCCUACGACCCCAACGGUCCCUCGCCCCUGCACGAGCCGACGGGCAUGUCCGAGACGGGCGCCGGAUUCCGCGGUGCCGGAGCGGGCGCCAUGAGACGGCAGCCGGUGCCGAAGCACCAACUCUCGCCUCCAUCGCAGAGCGUCAGCCCGCUCUCGAACCAGACGGCGUCGUACGGCAGGCCCCCGACGGGCGGCGCGCAGGAGUUCGGCGGAACGAGGGUCAUGCCUGCCGAGAUGGGCGGCGACGAGGUCGUAGAGAUAGGCGACUCGGAGCCGAGGCCGCAGCAGCCGUUGCAACACACGCCGGCGGCGGGGAGGCCAUAUAACUCGGGCCCGGUCCCGGACAUGUAUGAGAUGCCCACUGAGAGGUAUCGGUAAUGCCAUAAUUUCUUUUUGUCGCAUGCGUGUAGUGAGGAAGGAGAAGAUGUGGAAAACUGCGCUUAUGAUCAUAGGUAUGGAGUAAGGAGGAAUCAUUUACCUCGACAUUUCUAGAAAGCGUUACAUGGAGCUUCAGGUCCCGCGGAUGAGCGGGCAGGCCGGCAUCGUAUAGCCAGUAAGAAGAGGUAGAAAACACAACUGCCUGGGCGAGAUAGUCCUUCCGGCAGAUAAUCUUCGUAAUGUGUACGAAAUGAAAUCAGCAAAAGUUGGUCAACCAUGCGAUGUUAUGUGGCGAAUCCGAGAAAACCAG